CAGUGUUUCUCUCGGUCCGCCUUCUCUCCUCCCGACUCAAUUCAGCUGUUUCGUCGUGAAGCGUCCAAGUAGCGGAGGAAAGGGAAAGGAGAGGGGGGAGACUGAUGUUCUAGAGAAGGAAGAAAGUAAACGAAAUUAAAUAUUAACACCACCCGUCAGCGGAAAGUUGAAGCGGCACUACUUUGAAGUCGCCGCUUUGGUCCAUGCAGAGACAGCGUAUGGUGUAAACACGUUAGUGGAGUUGUGACAUUCCGCGGUGAGCGACACGGCAGAGGGAAAGGUCUCCUCCCAGGCUGUUGACGGAUACAGCUCGGCUCCAGUGAAAGAAGACACGGCCGGACCUGACUGUUCACUACCUCGGCCAGUGGGUUCCCAGGAUGUCUUCGAAGGCGCACAGCUCCAACAGCAUCGCCCACGCCCGGCGGACGGUGCAGCAGCUGAGGAUAGAGGCGAGCAUCGAGAGGAUAAAGGUCUCCAAGGCCUCUGCAGACCUCAUGAACUACUGCAGUGAACAUGCCAGAAACGACCCCCUCCUCAUGGGCAUCCCCACCUCAGACAAUCCCUUCAAGGACAAAAAAACCUGCACUAUAUUGUAGUGGAUGCCACUUAGCCUUUAUGUGUUUUAUUGUGCUUAUUAAUGUUGCUGUACUCUUUUGUUGGGAUAAGUGCGGGGGGGAUGGUAUCAUUACGUUCACAUCUUCUCUGAGCAGGGUGUGAGCUCCACUAACUGGGAGACUUUGCUGCAUAACUUAGCGUCCUCCUCAGUGAUGCGUUUGAUUCUUCUUAAUGUGUGUAAACAUGUCUCCUAUUCAUUCCACAGUGACUGUUUCUGUCUCUCUUGCCUUAAUGGAUUCAUACAGCCAAAGCUUCCCUUCAGAAUCUUAAAUACUUUUUAAUUUAAGGCGAGACACAAACAUUUCUCAUGCUCUUGUCAAUUUUUGAUUGAUUGUUUUUCUCUAUCAUGUAUCUUUUUAAAACAUUCAAAAUACACAUUAAGAUCAUUAUUUUACCCUUUCUGAGUAUGUGGAUUCCUCCUAAAUUCACCCAAAGUUAGCAUUUGAUAACGUCAUUAUUUUUGGCAUAUUUCUACAUACACUUUCCGAACAACUUAUAAUACAAAAUACAAUUGUCUUAUUGUAUGUGAAUAUUUGAGGAAGUCUCAUACUGAUAUAUAUUAGUUUCUAGAUAUUACUGUCACCUGCAAAGGCCAAAACCACUGUGUCCCUCCCCUGCCUGAAAAGCCUGCUAGCAUUCCAACACAUUGUAAGUGAUAGGCUAAUAGGCCAUCUCUAAGCGGUUGACCAAUCAUUCAUAGCCUGAUUUAUAUCAAAUGUUAUUCCAAAACUCCCAGUAAAGAAAUCUUGAAUUUUGAAUGGCUGGCUUUAUCAAAGGCUAUUUGCAUAUUUCACAUAUCAUUUCGAAACAAUCCACCUGUAGUGUCUCGCCUUAAAUGAAUAAUAAUGGUUCAGACUUCCCAUCAGUGUUUUAGGGAUGAUGUGCAGUUUAGCCGUUAUUCAAAUGUUACCAUGAAGUAUCUUUGAUUAAUGACAGUGCUAGUAACACUCAGUAUUCUGCAUCCUGGCUCUGACUGGUCACGAUAAUCCACAUGCUGUUUAACCCCCCAUGUUCCUAACAGUUGCAGUAUGCACCAUGAUACAGUGUUGUCUUAAACUGAGUUAAUGACCAUUCUGAGACAUUCAUUCCAUAUCAACAUCUUCAA